AAGAAAAAGAGAAAGUCCGGAUCUCAAGCUAAUUGCUUAGCUCAAGUCUCUACGAGAACAACUCCUGCGGUGGAUACGGACAGUAAGGAGUCCCUCAGUUACCCUGUCAUCCAGAUAGAAAGCGAUAGCCACGGCCGUCACCUGGCAGGGAUCCUUGGAGCCUUGGUGCAACCAUCAACUAAAGUUCUGGGGUUUUGCAAACCAGGAGCUGGCUUGCUAACGGUUGGAUCUGGCGGUACAUUAUCUUCGGGAUCCUGUGUUAUAUUAAUCGCCGGCACCAACGAUGUGGCGGAGGGAGGUGAUAAAGUCAUCUACGAGCAUCUUGAAGGACGCUUGGUGAACCUUUUGGGGUCUUCCUCUAGGAUUAUUGUCGCUUCCCUUCCGCACCGCCAUGACUUGCCACCAUGCCAUCCUAUAAACCAGCGCAUUCUCCUGGUAAAUGCAUAUAUCGAGGAGCUAUGUGAGAGACAUCCCCGUGUCGACUUUUUCGAUUUCGCUGGCAUCUCAAGACAGCAUUUUACAAGGCAUGGGAUGCAUCUUACGUUUCGUGGGAAGAAAGUCCUCGCGCGUCUGCUGUUGACUUGCGUUCGAUCCGAUGGAGGACAAAAAUCGACUCAAGCGCCACGUUCGCUGCCGCCAGAACUGGACAUGCUGAGCCCAAGUCCAGCUGACCUGCAGACUCCUCCAUCGGAGGCUUCCAACCUCCAAACACCAUCACGACAACAGCAGACCCACUCUCUGAUGACGGAAGUUCCUCAUGUUUUUUUAGGGACCCCAUUUCAAGGCGACGAGCAAAGUUGA